GACAGCUCUUGAACAAGAAAAUCGCUCGCCGGAUUUCAGUCAUUUGUCCAGUGUUCGGUGGAGCAGCGGAUAAAGUGCGUCCCCUGGCUAAUUGGAGAUUAUGGGAGUGGUUCUCUAUUUCCACGGCUGGUUUCCGCCUUCGAGAGCUGUCCACUGGCUUCUGACGUGGACCGGCAUACCCUUCGAGCUUAAAACGAUGGGCGCUCGCGGUGAGACCAGUCAGCCUUGGUUCCAUCAGAUCAAUCCUCAACACACAAUCCCGGCUAUUGUGGACGGUGACUUCAAGCUGGCAGAGUCUCGCGCCAUCUGCACUUAUCUCAUCAACAAAUACGCGCCGGGGCAUGCUCUCUACCCGACCUGCCCCCAGAAAAGAGCUGUGGUUGACAGAUUCUUGUACUUCGACAUCGGUACGCUCUACAAGGCAAUCGGGGAAUAUUUCUACCCCAAGCUCAUCCACGGAAAGGAAUACGAUACCGAGAAGGAGCAGAAGCUCAAGGAAGUCCUCGGCUUCCUCGAGACUUUCAUCGGAGACCACGAUUUCAUUACGGGCAAGGAGCCUUCGGUCGCCGAUCUUUGCAUCGGGUCGAGCUUGACCAUGCUCGAGGUCACGAGCUACGGAUUCCCCGGAUUCCCCAAAGCUGAGGCUUACUACAACCGCGUCAAGCAGCUUCCUCAUUGGGACGAAUGCCAUGCGAAGGGCAUCGAGGGCUUCAAACAGUUCCUUGCCAGCAAAACGGCUGCGUAAAUCGGAUCUGCCCACGCACACACGGAAUAUGACAUUUCGCAUCGAACAAAAACUGAAUAUCGGACACCCGCGGAAGUAUGCACCCGACCGAGGAACGAAAAUGUGUCGCUCCUUCGGAUCAAAACAUUCGACCUGGGACUGAUCGAGAUCUGACAAGAUCCGUCACGGGUCCGAUCUGAUAUUUUUCGAAAAUGUUUACCUCGGAAAUAAAUUCUGAUCGUUCCU